AUGGAAGAGAAAGUUGGGAGAUCAAGAUUCAAGAGGGUUUGUGUGUUUUGUGGCAGCAGUACUGGAAAGAGGAACUGCUACAAAGAUGCUGCCAUUGAAUUAGCCCAAGAGCUGGUGUCAAGAAGGCUGGACCUUGUCUAUGGAGGUGGUAGCAUUGGGCUCAUGGGUCUGGUUUCUCAGGCUGUUCAUCGUGGUGGAGGGAAUGUUCUUGGGAUCAUACCUAGGACUCUAAUGUGUAAAGAGAUAACAGGUGAAACAGUUGGAGAGGUAAGGCCAGUAGCCGACAUGCACCAAAGGAAGGCAGAAAUGGCCCGCCAUUCUGAUUGUUUCAUAGCCCUACCAGGUGGAUAUGGAACUUUGGAGGAGUUGCUAGAAGUGAUCACUUGGGCACAGCUUGGCAUCCAUGACAAACCUGUGGGUUUGCUCAAUGUUGAUGGCUACUACAACUACCUUCUCACUUUUAUUGACAAAGCCGUGGAUGAUGGCUUUAUCAAGCCUUCUCAGCGCCACAUCAUAGUCUCUGCCCCCAAUGCCAAAGAGCUUGUUCAAAAACUUGAGGAGUACGUGCCUGUGCAUGAUGGAGCCAUAGCCAAAGCAAGAUGGGAGGUUGAGCAACAGCAGCAGCAGCAACAGGUGGGGUUCAAUGGAGCAGCUACUUUGCAGACUGAGAUAGCUUUGUAA